GUCAACAGCUUGGUUCACGUCAUUCUGUCUUGCAGCGCUCUUGACUUUGAUCAGGGCUACUGCCACUUCACCUUCUCCCAUUUCCGACCAUUUCGCACCUCUCCCUUUCUCGGAGACUUCUAAUCUAGAGACAUGCCUGUGUCUUUCUUUUUCCUUAUUCUCGCCUUGUGCGUUGGACAGAUUGUCUCUGUAGAGACGGUCGUGGAUCUUGGCUAUGCCAAGUAUCGCGGUAACUCGAGUGAUGGAGUGUCUGUUUGGGCUGGAAUGCGGUAUGCGCGCAACCCUUCGCGGGUGGAUGGCAUGCGAUUUGCUGCUCCUCAGGACCCACAACCUGUACAAGGCGUUGUCAACGCAACCCAGUUCGGCGCUAUUUGUAUAGGCACCGAUACCAAGCUUACCGAUGAGUUUGAUCCCAAAGUUUCGGAAGAUUGCUUGUUCGCCAAUGUUUGGGCUCCGACCAACGCGACUGCCGACAGCAAACUGCCAGUCUAUGUUUUCAUUCAAGGCGGUGGCUUUUGCGCCAACGGCAAUCCCAACUACGAUGGCACCAAGUUGAUCAAGGCUGCCGAUAACAACAUGAUUGUUGUGAACUUCAACUAUAGGGUCGGACCCUACGGUUUCCUUGCCAGCAAAGAGUUUCUCGAGAACAACACUCUGAGUUUGAACAACGGGCUGAAGGACCAACGUCAGUUGCUGAAGUGGGUGAACACUCACAUUAGCAAGUUUGGAGGAGAUCCAAAUCACGUUACCUUGGGAGGUGCAAGUGCGGGAGCUGGUUCUGUCAUGUUCCAGCUCACAGCGUAUGGUGGCAGAGACGACAAACUGAUCCAAGGAGCCAUCGCAGAAUCCCCAGCGACACCGCCCAUUCGGGACGUUAACGAAAGCCAAUGGCAGUACGAUGCUCUGCUGAAACAAUCAGGGUGCGCCGACUUCAACUGUUUGAUCAAUCUGGAUGCCGUGACUUUCCAGAAAGCCGCACGGGACUUGAAGAAACCCUACCCCGGCGCUCAAAACCCACCCAUUUUCUUCUGGAACCCAACACUGGACAGGGACUUCGUCAAGGACUACACAUACAACGAGUUCCAAAACAACAACUUUCUCAAAGUCCCGACCAUCAUCGGCGACACGACAAACGAAGGCCUGGGUUUCACGGGUAAAUCGGUCAUGUCGAAGAAAUUGGCUUACACGUUCAUCGCGGAUCAAUUCCCCAGCUUGGACCCGAAAGAUCAAGAAGCUGUCCAAGCCGUGUGGGGUGGCCCCAAGGACGCCAACAAAGAUCCCUCGUGGAGAAACACAGCAGCAGAUAUAUAUGGCCACAUCCGAUACAACUGUCCCGGUCUCAACUUUUCCGCUUCCUUCGCCGAAAACGGAACGGCUCCUACCUAUCAAUACCGUUGGAAUGUGGGCAAGGCGCUGCACGUCGAAGAGUUGGGCUCUGUAUGGGGUGGUGGAUCCAGCGCGCCCAGUCAAUUUAUUCAAGCUUACUGGGUGUCAUUCAUCCGAUCUUUCGACCCCAACAAAUAUCCUAGUACCUUCACCGGGGCUGAGCCGCAGUUCUCGACUCCCAAGUGGGAAGUCUUUGGCGUGGAGAAGGCCGAGUGGAUGCUCUUCAACGACAGCAACGUGGUUACAAUGGAAUCGGUGCCAAAGUCGGAGCUGGACCGAUGUGGUGUUAUUUCGGACAUGCAUUUGCAAAUGACGAUUGCUGCUGCACAAACCCAACCAUCAACACCAAGCGGACCGCAGAAGGGCGGAGGAAUAGGAGUCAUCGGCCCCAAGCAUUCGGCUGCAACACAGGGUGCUGCCCCUGUUCCAUGGAUGUGGUGCCUCACGCUGGUGGCACUAGGAUUUGGAAUCUUGCAGGGCCUGGGUUGAACAUGAACGAAAAGAAAAGAAAAGAAGAAGGGGACGAAGAGGAAGAAGGAAGUGCCUGCUCGCUUUCUUUCUUUCUUUCUUCGCUUUCCUUGGAAUCUCAUACGACAUUACCAUGGCCAUCCUGGGAGGCCUGACCAACAAACCACCAACACGC